GCCAAGACCAACCCGAAUUUAUCUCGAAAGCAUCUGUAGGGUGCUAUGAAAUAUUUAGAUAUUUAAUAUUUUGCUCUAACACGGAACUCUGUUUUCUACUGAAUUAAACAUCUCUUCUUCGUUGAGUGAGUGAAAGAAAGUCCUGUUUUUUUCCACCGAAGAAUCGAAGUAAAAGGUUGUAAUUUUCGUGGGUUAGAAAUGUAUGCAGAGACUGGGCUGUUUUUUCCCUACAUGCAGAACUUUUCUCAAGAUUUUGAGCCUUUCGAAGAGUACUGCAAAACCCAGAAACCCAAUGCCUCAAUGAACGACAUGGUUCAGACCUCCGCAACUGAAUAUAACCUUGAAGGAGAAGUUGAUAUGUUCAAAGCUCUAGAACCCAUCAUCGAAGAACCGAUUGUGGGCCUUGAUCCAGUGACUGCACCCAUCUCCUUAUUCUCUUAUGGUGAAGAUGUCAUUACUUCAGGACUUAAGGCUGCAGGUAUCGAAUCAUUUCCAAAUGACCAGCUUCUAGAGGUUCUCUAUGAGUGUGAGAAGGAUCUAAUGGCAGAAGCAGCAAUAGAAGCGCCACUGGCUGUGGUCCUGGAUUUUGGGACUCCUAUUGUGAAGAUAGAUGAAAGCCAAAAUCAAGAAAAUGAAGUGCUCGGUGAUGCAUCGUUCCAGAAAAGCGUGAGCUCGGGCUCUUUAAGUUCAAUGGGAUCUGUGCAAGGGGCUGCAAUCGAGCCUAGUUUUCGGGAGUUCUCUGUAAUGGAUUUUGGUUCUGUUUAUACAAUGAGGAGAGCAUUUAGUGAAGGAGAUAUAAAGACACUCGGCAAUGGUAAUGUGAGCAUCACCCAUUCUCCCGUCGAGAGGCCACUAACCAUCAGCAGCUGUUCUACAGAAGAUCGAAGGGAAAAGCUCUCCAGAUACAGGAACAAGAAGACGAAGAGGAAUUUCGGAAGGAAAAUCAAGUAUGCUUGCAGGAAGGCUCUUGCUGACAGUCAACCGAGGAUCCAUGGAAGGUUUGCAAAGAUCGAAGAAUCUGAUGACUCCAAGAGGAAAUUGCUGUUGACUAAUUAAACAAUCACCAAGUAAAACCUGAACGAAGUUGCUAGGUCCAACGAGGUAACGGAAAACAACUAGUAGCAGCGAAGAUCGUAGACAGGUAAUUCGAAAUAAGCCAUAAACCAGCUCUCGAGUAAUAGUUUCACGUUUUUAUCUGUAUUUGCUGCUGUAAUAAGUUCCUUUGUAAGGAUGUAUAUAGUGUUUGUUCAAAUAAAAUGGCAAAGCUGAAAUUUGUACUUUCUCAUAUGUAGUAAAAAAAGGUGUUUGCAAA